AUGCGCCAACCUCCACCUCCGACCAACACCACAGAAAAUGGAGCCAACAGCUCUGCAUCAAUUCCUCCAUCAAAUUUUCCCCAUCGUGAACGACCUACCCUAGAAUAUGCAAACAAACCCUACUUAAUGGGCAAUGGAGAUUACUUGAGCUUGAUUCUUGCAUCCCCUCCAUUGACGGACACCAAUUUUCAACAAUGGGCCCGUGAUUUAAAGAUCUUAGUCGGUGCCAAGAACAAAUAUGGCUUCCCCAUUUGGUCUCUUCCUCAACUUCCUCCUGACCAUCACCUGUUUGAUUCUUGGAACAGAUGCAAUCAAAUAGUUAUGUCCUGGGUUAUUCACUCGGUGUCUCCAGAAAUCAAAAGCAGUAUUAUGUUCAUUGAUAUAGCUGCUGCAAUGUGGACCGAGUUAAACAAUCGAUUCAAUCAAGGAAACGACCCUCGCAUCUUUGAGUUUCAGGAAUCUCUCAUCAUUCUUCAUCAAGGAGAUGAUUCUGUUAGUGCAUACUUCACCAAGCUCAAAGCAAUUUGGGAUGAAAUUCAUGAACUUCAACCACACACACCCUGUACUUGUGUGGUUGUUGUUAAUAGUCUUGAGAACGUGUUGUAG